AUGGUAUCUACAGUCUGGAGGAUUGGGAUGGAGCUCCUGAAGCAAGUAGUAUUGAAAGAGACUUUCCCAAGCUGGACUAGGCAAGAGAGUUUCUCAGUUGUUAAGAUCAACUAUGUCAUUUCUAGGCUUGGAAUUAAUCCUGUAGAUUUCCCAGAAACUUCUGCUUCCUUUAUUGCUGGCAUUUAUCUGUCAGUGGCACAGGCUUCUGCUACAAUCAGUGCAGACUGGAGAAUACACACAUGGCUCUAAUGGGUCAAAGACCAAGGAGAAAUUGCUGUGUCCAUCUCAGAACUGCUUAUUGCAGUUAUCUUCAAAGUGUCACAGGACAGCACAGGCCACUUGUCCACAUUGCUACACAGCUGCCAGCUGAGCACUGAUAGUGCUAAAGUCAACUGGAUCUACAGCUUUCUAUCUGGUUAUCUUUAUAAGCCCAUUCAUACCAAAUUGAAUAAAAAUCUAUGCCUAAAUAUCAAAUACAAAAUCCAAUUGAUGGAUGCCCUGCUUAGAAAACACAGGGAUUUUGGAGAUGAGCAUUUUCCUGCUGAUCCUUUAUGCUUUUGCCAGAUUGACACCUUUGCACAAGUAGACUAUUUCCUAGCUAGUUCUCCAGCAGUCUUCAAAUCACACAUUAACUUGGAUUUGAAGAUAAUUUUCUAUCCAGUAGGAAAUCACACAGACCCUCCCUUUGUGCCAGUUCCAUUUGCUCUCCCAAACCAGGAUGAUUCCAUUCUAUAUCUGGGAGUCUCCAAUUAUUUUCUUAAGUCUGCUUCACUGCCUCACUACAGAGCAGGGGCCUUUAACAUCACUAUCUCCAAAGAGCUUGAUAGUACUUUUAAUCUAAACAUUUCCCUACUCAGACAUUUUAUUUCUGAGAAGGGUUUGUCUUGGAGUUACACAGCAGUGGGCCCAGUGCUGCUGAGGCUGGUGGCUAUAUCACCUCCUGCAGUCAGUUUAAAUGCAGGCAGAUGUGUCCUACAGAUCACUGCCUGUGUACAAGUGUUUGCUGUUCUGCCAAAUUCAACCACCCAAUACAUCUUUGCAGGGAAUCUAACAGCCAGUACCAGAGCCAAAUUGACUAUAAGCAAACAGAAGUUGACUAUCUCAUUACUUCUGAAGAGGUUCCAGUUCUCCCUGCUGCACUCCAGUCUUGGCUUCCCUGACCAGAAGUCACUGGUGGAGAAUUUUCUGUCUUAUGUUUUACAGAGAAUAAUGAUUCCAGUAAUCAAUGAUAAGGACUAUAAAUUAGGGAAAGGAUUUCCUCUUCUUAAUUUCACCCACACUAACCUGACUGGACCUGUAACAAAAAUUAAUCAGGAUCUGAAACCUGACAGUCUCAUGCUCCCUGCAGCCGAGGCUGUCCUUGGUCUCUGUAUCAUAUAG